AUGAUCAAAGCACUGGGAAGCCUGCUGGAUGAGGACAGGCUGAGAGAAAUGGGUUUGUUCAGUCUUGAGAAAAGGAGGCUUAGAGGGGAUCUCAUCACCAGGUAUCAGUACCUAAGGGGCGAAGCAGAAGCUCUGCCGGCCUGGCCAGGGGCAUCUGGGCCUCCCUGUGUCCUGUGCAGCCUUGUGUCCUCUGAAGAGGGCCUUCUGCUGCGGUUCACAGAUGAUACAUUUGACCCGGAACUUGCAGCAACGAUUGGUGUGGACUUCAAGGUGAAAACUAUUUCAGUUGAUGGAAACAAAGCUAAACUGGCAAUAUGGGACACUGCAGGUCAGGAGCGGCUCAGAACACUAACACCCAGUUACUAUAGAGGUGCACAAGGUGUUAUCUUAGUUUAUGAUGUCACGAGGAGAGAUACUUUUGUCAAGCUGGAUAACUGGUUAAAUGAACUGGAAACAUACUGCACAAGGAAUGACAUAGUAAAAAUGCUGGUUGGAAACAAGAUUGAUAAGGAAAACCGUGAAGUUGACAGAAAUGAAGGUCUCAAAUUUGCAAGAAAACAUUCCAUGUUGUUUAUAGAGGCAAGUGCAAAAACAUGUGAUGGUGUACAGUGUGCCUUUGAAGAACUUGUUGAAAAAAUCAUUCAGACUCCUGGACUGUGGGAGAGUGAGAGCCAAAACAGAGGUGUAAAGUUGUCAAACAAGGAAGAAGGAUAUGGAGGAGGAGGAGCAUGUGGUGGAUAUUGUUCUGUGUUAUAAACUUUGGGAAGCUUAUUCUUUGCAUAUUUAAACAGAUACUGACAUCUUUCUGUACAUAAAUUCAUUAAAUGCUAUUUUUAGGGACCUUGCAGUUUGCACAUACUUGUUUUGUAUCAUGGCAGUGAACACUUGUAGGAAAAAUGUUCUGCAGCUUUCCCAGUUUGAAAAUGUUAUGGUAAGCAUGCCCGAUUUGCAAUCUUCAGGUUUUUAUAAGUAGCAUAAAUAACGUGCAGGAACAAAUGCACUAAAAAUUUUACGACUGUAUACAUUCAUCAUGUAACUAUUGUAAACAAAUCCAUCUAACAAACACGUUACUGCAUUAUCUGUUCUCUGUCUUAUUUUUAAAUACUCUUGAAAUUCUAGAACUAUAUAGUGUGCACAGAUCUUGAAAACAGUGUGAGCUAUAAAUGUUACAUUUCAUUUCUUCUAGUAAAUGCUUUUUUAUGGUAUUAAAAACAGCAAGAUUAUACGUUUCUUAGACAAAUCUGCUCAGUUUUUGUCUUUCAGCAGAGCUGUCUAAAACACAAAUUGGCACAGGCCGUAGUUGGUAUCAGCACCUUCUUGAAGAGAUGCUUUGAAAGCUUCCUUUGCAAAGCUGGGGGACGCCCUUUUUUCUUUUUAAUUAUCACUUCAGUUGAUGGCUUAACUGGAGUUUUAAUCCUGUGAUAUUUAUAUACUAAAUUUGUUGUAGUCUUGCACUCUAGGUUUUUAUGAUGCGGUCUGCUCUAGACUUGCUAUAGAGAGUCUUCAUUUUUGGCAAGAGGUCUUAAUGACAUCUGUGUUCUCUCAUUGUGUAGCAGUUUGCCACACUUCGGUAUGGAUGCCUAAUUUUCCUAAAUGUUUGUAAUAUAACUUUAUCUCAAACUGUAGCUCACUGUGGCUGUGAAGAUCUCUAUCACAUGUCUGCUUUGUGCAGCUACUUGUUCAGAAGUAAAACUUCCCGUCUCAGACACUAAAUGGGAAGCUAUAGGGCUUCUUGAUCUCUGUAUGGAAAAAUACUAUUGGAGGGAGUAUUCCACUUGAAUUUACUGUAUCAAAGCCAAUGGUUUGUUUCAGAACACUUGUAUAAACUAAUAAAUUUUUUUUCCACAGUAUUCAACUUUUCUAACCUCUUCCUCUUGUAGAGUUGUAUAUUUUCUAGCACAUACAGUUUAAACCAGGUCACUUCUUAUAGACAAAUUAUUUCUGAUUUCUGAAGGACAAGACAAGGAUGCUGUGGUAUUGUGUGGUGUGUGUUGUUUUUUUUUUUUAACCACUAUAGUGCAAUCGGUAACUGAACUAUUGGGCAGUUUCUUGUAAAUAUAGUGAUGACGGUACCUUUUAUUACUGCAAGGUUUUGUGUAAAUGUCAGCGUAUAUGAUCUGUAUUUUGCAGCAGGUCUUGGCUGCUUCUGUUAAAAUAUACUUUGUUCUUCACUCAGAAACUUUGUUUUCUAUUUGUUUUACACUUGCUAGGAAACAAUACCAAAAUUUGAAGACUUAACCAUGCUAGUUUUUACCAAAUAUUGUAUCUAUAGUAUUGUUAAUGUAGUAGGGUAAUUUAAAUAUGUAAAUGUAAUUAA